AUGUCUUCUUAAAAUAAAAUAGUAACCUAAGAAAAUGAAGGGAUUAUUUGGAAUUAUAGUCUGAAUCCUCCAGAGUAAAUUAAAUGUAGAUUCCAAAUUAGUUGGAUUCAGGAUCAGAAAGUUUAAUACACUUUGAAUGGAUGUAUUUUGAGAAUGUAUCAAUCUGCUUAUUUUUUAAUUUUAGUGAUACAAUAUACAACAAAUUGAAGAAAGCCGAAGUUCUAACAAAUCUAGAAUAAAUAAAGCAUUUAAAAUGGAUUGGAUAAUAUGGGUAAAAUAACUUAAAGGUUGGUAAAUGGAUGGCUACUUGGAAAGGAGAAACUUUAAAGGGUGUUGGAGGAGAAUACUUGCAUGAUGAAAAAAAAUAAGGAGUAUGGAAAGAUUUAGUUUAGAAUUAUGAGACGUAAGUUUUAACUUCAUAAUUGUUUAGCAAUUCAUAAGCAUACAUAGUUGGGAGAUAUGAAAAUGACUUGAAAUUAGGAAGCUGGUAGUAUGUUUAUAAUGAUAAGGAGAUGUAUUUGAUAUUUUUAUUAAUUUGGUUAGUGGCGGUGGAAAAUAUAAUCAAUAAGGGGUAAAGGAUGGUUUAUGGUAAGAGUUAGGUGAUGGAUUUUGGGAUUAAAAUUAAGUCACUCAUAAUGGUGAAUAUCAAAUUGGAAAGAAGGUUGGUAGAUGGAACAUUAAGUAUGAACGAUAAAUUAUGUAAGAUUUUAAUUAAAACAAUUUCUUAGUGGUGGCGGAUCAUAUGAUUUAGAAAGCAACCAGAAGUGUAGAAAGUGGAUUGAGUUGAGCUAGAAUUUCAAUGANAUAAAUAAUCAACUCAAGUAUUGA